GACUAUGCUUGACUAUGGAUCAGGACUAGGAACAGCAGUAUGGGCAGUACAUUCAAUAUGGGGGAACAGUGUGUAUGAGUAUCAAACUAUUGAUACUUCUUCUGAUAUGGGAGACCUAGCAAGAUCAUUAAGAAAUGGUGGUAGUGACUGGGCAUACAUUAUAGAUCCCUCUCUAUCGGCCUGUCCCGCCCCCACAUCCACUGAAUCUAUUAAAGGAGUCUACUUCAGACAAUAUCUCCCUGUGUCCAGCAAGGUAAAAUAUGAUUUGGUUGUAUCAGCUUAUUCUCUUAGCGAGCUUCCCAGCCCGUCACUAUGGAAACAGGCCCUCCUAUCCUUAUGGGGCAAGACCGAAAAGUACUUGGUGUUAAUCGAGUUUGGUACCAGCUCGGGAUUCGAUAUUAUAAGUCAAGCAAGGGACUUUCUAUUAAAUGGCGGAAAUAACGAUCAGGACAAGUGUCAUGUUGUAGCACCUUGCCCUCAUGAUCUACAGUGUCCUAAGGCAGCUGCUGCUGAUUAUUAUAGAAUUUGUAAAUUUGCUCAGAGAGUGGCCAUACCUUUCACAGAAUAUACUAGGUGUCGUUCAAAAGGUUUUUACAUUGAGAACUUCUGUUAUUUAAUAUUAAAGAAAGGAGAGAGACCACAUCAAUUCAUUGAUGAUAUUCCGUGUCGUCUUUUAUUGCCGACGAAGAAAAGAACUAAACACACAAUAUGUGAACUGUGUUGUCCUAAUGGUAAAGCUGUUACACUUAUCUUCAGUAAAGCAAAGCAAAGAGAAUUAUUGAGGACUACUCGUAAGAAGGAAUGGGGAGAUACUGUCAUCGUACCACAAGAACUGUAUGAUAGACAAACUAAUGAUGUUAAUGAUGAUGAUAAUUGGAACAAUAUUGAUGUGUAUGAUGAUGAUGAUUAAGAUGAUUGUUGUAAUUGAAUCUAAAAUAA